AUGGCGAAGGCUUCCCAUACAUUGCAAAAAGGUGCUGUCGUCCAACACACUGCCAAAGACCACAACCUGAAAGGUCAACUGCCUGAAAGGAGCAUGGAAUCUUUGGCAACAACCAUUCGUUUCGUCACGCUGAACUGCCGAACACUAUCGAGUGAACUCCAACAAGCCGCUCUAUCCAGACUUCUGCGAUAUAUCUGUGUGCCUUUUGCUGCACUGCAGGAAACACGCAUGAGGGAUCGGCCCGUCAUCGGCAUCGAAAAUUACACCAUAUACUGCGGCGAUGCUGAUGAGAACAACGUAGGUGGCUGCGCGAUAGCUGUGAGGAACGAUUACAAGAACCUGGUGGAGGAAUUUGGCUAA